GACAGGAGCCGGUCACAUAUUUUUACAUUUAAAGUGUUAAAACAAAAUUGUUAUCCAUUAACGUUACUCGUUGACCGACAUACCUAUGUAAUCGGUUUUCUCGUGCUCGUUUGAUGGUUCGACUUUGCAAAUUUAUCUCAAAUGUUCGCCGUCCGUGCGUUAAAAUCUCGCAUCCUAAUCGUAUCGCCCACGCGAUCUUUUCUACUUUCCAGGAGUAAAACUUUGGAAUCCGAGGCCACAGUCAGCAAUAUGGCAUCAAUUUCUUCACAUAUAGAAAAGCGAUAUGAUGGCAUAAUAAAAUCACAGAAUGAUGACAGAUCGUAUAGAGGAUUAAUGCUGUCUAAUAAAAUGAAAGUGCUUUUAAUAAGCGAUCCAACGACCGAUAAGAGUGCUGUUGCGCUGGAUGUUAAUAUUGGCUAUAUGUGCGAUCCGGAUGAUCUGCCUGGAUUAGCACACUUCUGCGAACAUAUGUUGUUUUUGGGAACAGAAAAAUUCCCACAACAAAAUGACUACAAUAUGUAUUUGUCACAGAAUGGCGGCGUGAGCAAUGCCUUCACGCACGUAGAUCACACUGUUUACAAUUUUGAUAUAAGUCCGACGAAAUUAGUAGGCGCUUUAGAUCGCUUUGCCCAAUUUUUCUUAAAGCCUCUUUUCACUGAGACCUUGACCGAACUGGAGUUGAAUGCCAUCAAUUCAGAACAUGAGAAAAAUUUGUCAAAUGAUACUUGGCGGUUCGAUCAAUUGGACAAAUCAUCUGCAAGCCCGGACCAUCCUUUUUCGAAAUUUGGUACAGGCAAUAGAGAAACGUUAGACAUAAUACCAAAGCAAAAGGGCAUCAGCGUUAGGAACAGAUUACUCGAUUUCCAUGAAAAGUAUUAUUCCGCGAAUAUUAUGUCACUGUGCAUUCUUGGCAAAGAGUCUUUGGACGAACUUGAACAUAUAGCAAUAAACCUUUUCUCGGAGGUACGAAACAAGGAAGUUGAAGUUCCAAUGUGGCCUGAUCAUCCGUUUAAGGAUGAGCACUUUUGUACAAAGUGGUACAUUAUCCCGAUAAAGGACAUGAGAAACCUAGACAUUACGUUUCCUUUGCCUGAUUUGAAGCAACAUUUUCGGUCCUCGCCUGCACAUUAUGUCUCUUAUUUACUGGGACAUGAAGGAGAAGGAUCGUUACUGUCAGCUUUGAAGGCCAAGGGUUGGUGUAACUCUCUGGAGUCUGGAAAACGCAGUGGCGCCAGAGGCUUCUGUUUUUUCAGCGUUGUUGUCGAUCUAACUGAGGAAGGUAUUAAGCAUGUCGACGAUAUUGUUACACUGACGUUUCAGUAUAUCAGUAUGCUUAAAAAGAAGGGCCCGAUUGAGUGGAUCUAUAAUGAAUAUAAUGACAUCGCAAAUAUGAAUUUCCGUUUUAAAGAGAAGUUCUCGCCUCGUUCUUACGUAACUUCUGUGGUGCAAGCGCUGCAGGAAUUUCCUAUGAACGAAGUUCUGUGCGCAGAAUAUAUUUACACCGAGUGGCGGCCGGACUUAAUCGAUGAAGUCAUGAAAUACUUGACUCCGAAAAAUAUCAGGAUUCACGUGGUCGCGAAAGCGUACGAAAGUAUAGCGAAUGAAACUGAAAGUUGGUACGGCACUAAAUACAAGAAAGAGAAAAUACCGGCGGAUAUAAUCAGCAUGUGGGAGAACGUUAGCGAUAAUCCAGAUUUGCAGUUGCCUUCUAAAAAUGAAUUUAUAGCCACUAAAUUUGAUAUCAAGUCAAAUGAAACUAACGUAGAAAAAUUUCCUAUUAUUAUAGAAGAUACACCAUAUGUAAGACUUUGGUAUAAAAAAGAUGAUGAAUUUCUUGUACCGAGAGCUAGAAUGAUCUUCGACUUCGUCAGUCCGUUGGCCUAUAUGGAUCCCAUUAGUUGCAAUUUAAAUAAUAUGUUUGUCCAGCUAUUUCGCGAUUCUCUCAAUGAAUACGCGUAUGCCGCUGAUUUAGCUGGUUUACAGUGGGAGCUUAGUAACAGCAAAUAUGGAAUAAUACUUGCUAUAGGUGGUUACGAUGAGAAGCAACGUGUGUUAUUAGAAAAAAUCAUGGACCGAAUGGUAAACUUUAAGAUUGAUCCGAAGAGAUUUGAAAUCCUAAAGGAAAACUAUAUCAGGAGUUUGAAAAAUUUCGUGGCUGAACAACCGUACCAACAUGCAGUCUAUUAUCUUGCAGUCUUGUUAGCGGAGCAAGUUUGGGUCAAGGACGAAUUAUUGGAAGCAACUGCUUAUCUAACUAUUGAAAGAGUUGAACAGUUUGUUCUCCAACUUCUCAGUAAGGUGCACGUGGAGUGUUUAAUACAUGGUAACAUCACUAUGGCAGAAGCUACAGAUGUAGUUAGAUUAAUCGAAUCUAAAUUGACAAGUUCACUGCCCAAUAUAAUGCCAUUAUUACAAAGGCAAUUAAUACUGUUUCGCGAAAUCAAGCUGGAAGACGGCUGCCAUUUUGUAUUUGAAACGGAAAAUAAAUUGCACAAAAGUUCAUGUACAGAAGUAUAUUAUCAAACUGGUUUGCAAUCGACAGAAUCAAAUAUACUUUUAGAGCUCUUAGCACAAAUUAUUUCGGAACCUUGUUUUAAUACUUUAAGAACCAAGGAACAAUUAGGCUACAUAGUAUUUAGUGGUGUGCGCAGAACGAACGGAUCACAAGGCUUGCGAAUUAUAGUUCAAAGUGACAAACAUCCGCAAUAUGUUGAAAAACGAAUUGAUGCAUUUAUGGAUUCUAUACUGCAUCAUAUAUCUGAUAUGUCAGACGAACAAUACGACAGGCACAAGAAAGCUCUAGCUACAUUGCGUCUUGAAAAACCGAAAAAGUUGAGCUCUCAAUGUGCUAUAUUUUGGAGCGAAAUUUCAAGUCAACAAUUCAACUUCGAUAGAGCGAAUAUCGAAGUAGCUUACUUAAAGACUAUAACGCGGGAGCAAUUACUUAAUUUUUAUAAGGAAAUUAUAUAUGGCGAAGCCCGGCAUAAAUUGUCGAUACACGUGAUAUCCACAGCAACGGGUGGUACAUCGAUGGAAGAAAGUACAACCAAUUCGGAUACCGAAAUUGAAAAAAUUGCCGAUACGCUAGCCAAUGGAGAAAUUAAGAAAAUUGAGGAUAUCUUGUCGUUUAAAAUUGGUCAAUCUUUAUAUCCUCUAUUAAAACCGUUCAAGGAAUACCCCAGAAAGGGCAUACGCUCUUCUAAAUUAUAAAAUAAGUAUAAAAGUGUAACACAAUGAUAGCAAAUUAAAAUGCAGAUAAUUUUA